AUGUCUGAUAAGGAUUGUGAUAAGGAGAGUUGCUCUGCGCUUGCUGUGGCACACUUCAAGAAUGCUUUGAAGCAGUUCCAGAAACUAGUUGAAAAAAAAGUAGCCCAGAAGACAGAGGAGAGAUUAGGACUGUACGUUAAAGAUGAUGACGAGAUAGACUAUGAUAAGUUCUAUGAAACCGUUCAAGCACUUUUUGGUCCAGAAAUAAAAGAUUGUAAUGUUAAGGCCUUUUUCAGGAAGAUUAGCAGCAACCUUGAUGCAAAGACAGAAUGGUGUGAGAUUUUUGGCCAUUUCAUAGUAGAAAAUGAUGCCAUUUCUUCCCAGCUGAUUGAAGAAAACACAGUUUUCCUUGUGUCCCAAAAACAACAGAUUACUCAUGCAGGUGUCAAGAGACGAGAUGUGAUUAAGGGUAUAGUGAAGGUUCCCCAUCUGGAUUUCACAGUAACAUCAUCUCAAAAAGGAGUGCUAACUGUUUUUAACAACCAGAUGAGGGUUCUGGCAACCACUCAUGUAAAAGAUACUGCUUGGGUCACUGGAUGUGACUUCUUAACUCAGCUGAAACGCGUCGUGGCUGUUACUGAAAGAACUGUCAUCGUCUGGGACUAUAAAUCAAAAGGGAAUCAGAGUAAUUGCUUUGUCAUCAAACCAAUGGAAAAUGGUCUGCUCUGUGUUUGCACGGUGACUGCAUCAGAUCAUCUGGCUAAGGAUAACAUCCUAAUGGGAGAUGAUGGGGGUUAUGUCAACCUGCUUACAGUGACCAGUGAUGACUUUGGAUUGAAACAAUCUAAAUCUAAAAAAAAAUCGCAAUUUCACGUCUUGGACUCCAAAAAUUUUAAGAUUGUUAAACGCAAGCUGCAUGAUGACUGGGUUAUGAAGGUUAAGUAUAUUUCUGACCUGAAUUGCUUUGGAUCCUGCUCUAUAGACAGCAUACAUUCGUUUGUUUUGGGUGACAUAAAGCGACUAGAGGACAGCAUGCCUGUAAAGGAAUUUUCUGUCCCUAAAGGGGUCAAUGCCUUCACAUUCUGUGGAAAAUCAAAUGUCAUCGUCACUGGAGGUGAUGAUAGACUCCUUCGUAUAUGGCAUCCUAACAUUAAUACUAAGCCUAUAGGAAAGUUAUCAGGACACCUACAUAGUGUCGUGGAAAUCGUAACAAAUGAAAAAGAUCAGCAUGUCAUCAGCCUUUCCUCUGCAAAGAUUUUUAGAGUGUGGGAUAUACAGACCCUAACACUGCUACAGGUCUUCCAUGAUAAUCAGGAGAGCCCUGGAGAAACAGAGAUCUUUGCCAUGGUAUUUGACAAUAACCACCACACACUAAUCACAG